AGCCGACAGAGACCGUCGACCGAGACACUCAGCGAGACGAGACACGGAAGAGGCUGCCUGCCGCAUUCCAGCGCGGCAUUGGCGCUAGGGUCAUUGCCCCAGGGGAUAGUCAGCCUACUACCGGGACGACGUUCGCAAGCUUUGGUCAGCGCUGUCGCCGCCGGCGCAAUCCACCCCAACCGUCACUCCGAAGCUCGCGGAGGACCGGUGUGGGUUCUACGAGCAGCAUCGCAGAGUCGAGCAGUAGAAGGAUACCACAAAUACGCCCAAGAUGGCAACCAGAUUUCAGUUAGGGUGGUAUCGAUGGGUACCAUUCCUGGGUUACCACCACGUGUUGAUGAUUCUGAUAGCCGUGGCAAUAAUAUUGUUGUCGCUGCUUCUCGCCGGGUGUUCAUCCUCGUCACCCCUGAUCCCGGACAUCUUCCUCUUGUCGCUCUAUUACCAGCGCUACACGGCCGUGCCCGACACAGCACAGGUCGACUACAACGUCAACAACGCCAUCGCCAACAUCGUCGGCGGUGCGCGUCUGCAGGCCCGCGUGGGCUAUUUCGGCAUCUGCGUGAGCCCCGACGGCGGCUCCUGGUUGUGUAGCAACAACGCGACGACGCUGGCGAACGAGGUCUCGGUCGACCAGGAUCCGCUCAACCUCAUUUGGCUGGCCAGCCAGUUCAAAGACAUGAUUGUGUUUCCCUACCUGCUCAUCAUCGCAAUCAUCUUCGCCUUCAUCUGCCUCCUCCUCCUGGCCACCUUCCCCGGCUGGCACGAGGAAGAAGACAGCGAAGGUUCCGAGCGCGAGGUCAAACCCUUCCCCUCCCGCCCCGUCAGCCAGGUCGCGCUGGCCAUCAUCUUCAUCGCCUCCAUCUUUGUGCUGGUCUCGGUUCUCUGGCAACAUACGGCGUCGGUCGCGGCUAGCAUCAUCGCCCAGGACCUCGGCAACGGCAGCGUGCUCUCGGGCGUGGGUAGUUCUGCCAUGGUCAUGGGCUGGUUCAGCUUCACGCUGCUCAUCAUUGUCACAAUCGGCUUGCUGGUCAUGAUAUUGAGCAUGCAGGUGCUGGAGCAUAUUAUGGAUUGAUGAAUGCGCCCGGAGGCUCAGACGUACAUACGAGGGAGGGGAUGGGGCAUGGAGCAAAGAGGUUGUGUUCUGAUUUACGGCUACGCUACGCUACGUAUGGCUUGUAUGACGGGAUGAGUCUGGGAUGACGAUGAUAGGGUUAUGGGAUUGGGA